UUCUGCCCAUUUAUGUUUAAAUCAGCUCUUCUCGUGGGUUCGUUCCACCCUCACUUUGGGAAAACAUACAAUUUACAUUUUCUGUAGCACUAAGCAUCCCAUGACUUUUGAGAACUUCUGUGUUUAUCUGGAUUCAAGGAGAUUUUCAAACAUUCAGUAGAAAAACUUUUGUUUUUUUCUAGUUGAACUUUCCAUCACCCAUAGCCAGAGGGAGGUUGUUUAGUAAACAUGCCUUUUUCUGUUUGGAACCAGGAGAGAAAAUUGCAUAUUAGUUUUAUUAAAAAGGCCAAGAACCCCUAGCAGGCAUACAUUUGUCUUUAUGCCUGAUCUCUCAGAUCCAUCACACAAGUAAGCCUUGGUAACCAGCUCAAGCCUUUCUCUCUUUAGCAAUGCCAGGCCUGGAUUAUAUCAUUUUUAACAGCAAAUUAAAACAGCAAUUUGUAGCCAAGGAGGCAGUGUUAGUGGCUGUAAAUAUAUCAGUCGAGAGCAAUUUGAGAAGUCAGUGUGUGGGUGGGUGGGGUGGAUUUGGAUCAGAAAGGAGGGAGACAGCAAGUGUAGGCUAAAAGCCAGUUUGGAGAGGCAGCCAGAUGGAGUUGCUGAAGAUAGCAAAGUGAGGACUAAAGGGAUUGAAUGAAAGGAGCAAAAGGAGAAAACUAGCUACCUGUUGAGGAAGAACCCCAGAGGCCAUCAAGCAAGGGCUCUUUGCUGGCAAUCCACAUUUCAAUGGAACCACAGGAGCAGAAUGUCACACGCGAGGGGCAGGAACCUUUAUAGUGAAUGUAGAGCAGAAGCUGGAUGAACAGUAGUAGCAAGAAGAGGAGCCACUUUGUUAGAGGAACCCACAGCUCAUCUGAAGCACUCCCUAUAGAGUUUCCCUGUUGAACGAACUCCUUCUUUUGAAAACGAGGGAAGAUAACUCAGAAGUGCAUCUGAUACAUCUGAAUAGGAUUUUUUCAAGCCUGCUCUUGUGUACUUCAGAGCAUUUGAACUGGAAACAAGGAUCCCCAUUUUGACCAUGAGAAGUGUACUUUCUCUGAACCAUACAGACAAACCGCAAAAGUAUGGUGGAAAUUAUGCGACUUGCAGUGACAGCUAUGAAAAGGCUCACAAUAAGGCUGAAUGGUUUCAUGAACAAUUGUUCAGUAUAGCAUUCUUAACCAAACCCAAUUCAACUGUGCAGAUCAUUUUCAUCCUUAUCAUCUUUAUAAGCAUUGUAGGGAUGCUGGGGAAUGGAUGUGUGAUUUGGCAGCUUGGUUUCUGCCUUAAGAGAAAUAAUUUCACCACCUAUAUCUUGAACUUAGCCACUGCUGAUUUUAAUAUGCUUAUGAGUGCUGCUGCAUUAAGUGCCAUCAUGUUGAUUACUGUAUCAAAAGAAAAUUAUGUCAAAGCAAUACAAACAUUUUUCGGGCAAUUAAAUAUGUUAACACAUUGUGUGGGUUUAUAUCUUAUGACAGCCAUUGGUGUGGAAAGAUGUCUUUCCAUUCUCUUUCCCAUCUGGGUCCAUUGUCACCGGCCAAAGCAUCUUUCCACCACUGUUUCAGUCUUGUCCUGGAUAUUAUCUGGCCUGUUUAAUAUAAUUGAAUUCUUGCUUCAUUAUUUUUGUUUAACAGAAGCAUGGGUUACAUUUCUCAGGAUUAUUUCUGGUGUAAACCUCUUUAUUUUCAUACCAGUCAUGGUGGUCUCUACUCUAAUCCUAUUUAUCAAGAUGUCCUUUAGGCAUCAGCCAGGAAAGCUACAUACUAUUAUGCUGAUAAUUCUCCUCUUCUUCAUUGUCACUGCUGUUCCAUAUAGUGUUUUGUUCUUCUUAUGUAUCAUUGAUUAUCAAUUUCAUGUCAUCGCUAUUCCGAUUUAUACCCUUUUAAAUGUUGUGAACAGCAGCAUUAAUCCAAUUAUUUACUUUUUUGUUGGGAGUCGGUGCAACUGUAAAUCCUGGGACUCCAUCAAAGUAGUGUUCCACAGAGUUUUUAAAGAUGAAACAGAGCUUACAGAACUCAGAACUCAUAAUAACAUAAUGAUGAAAUGAGAUAACUGAAAUUCAAGUUCACAUGAUCCUAAAAGCCACUCAUUUGGAUUCUAAGUCUUACUGAAAUUCUAGAAUUUUAAAUACAGUAAAGCAAUGAAGACAGCCAUUUAUUUGUAUCAGUCUUAUUAUCCAUCUGUGUCUGUAAUUAUUCCGUCAAAAUUAUCAAUGUGCACAAUUGCAAUGAAACAACCAAGUCAGAUAAAUCUGACAUGAGUAAGCAAAAACAUUUUGAACUUUCUACUUACUAUUUAAAAUAUUUUUCUAAAAUGCAACCAUAUACAGCACAAUAUUGCUCCAAGUUUCAUUGUUUUGGAUACACCAGGAGCCAACAACCACAGCAAAUAAGAGGAAUAUUUAGCACCAAUAAUAGAGUUGGAAGAGAUCACAGGGUCCAUCUUCCUUUGACAAAGUGAAUUAGUGCUUCUAAGUCUCACCUAAAAAUAUAGCUCAGGAAACUAUCAAAGCUGAGAUGACAACUUAUAAAACCCCAUACUGCUUGGCUCCAGUCUAUUUGUAUAUCUUUCUUUAUAAACCCAUUACUAUCCUAAAAUAUUCUGGAAAUGUCUUUUUCUCUCUCCCGCUGCAUUCUCAGGCUCAUUUGGUGGGAACUAGAGAGAGGGCCUUCUUGAUGGCUGUUCCCAGUCUUUGAAACUCUCUCCCUAGACCAUAAUGUAUUGCCGAUGCUUACUGUUCAUGCUAGAAGUGCAAUAAACUCCUAUGUCUUCUAUAAUCUGGGAUUUGUCUGUACUGAACGGGGCCAGAAAUCACUCUCUGUGUCCAAGAACCUCUAUCCAGUAAUGUGGAAUAGUUCAUACCAGUUAACUGUCCACACAUCUAGUGCCUUCGAGUCCUUUUUCUCCUGGGUUCUGCAGUACAGGAGAAAAGAAGAUGGCACUUACCUGGACUUUGCCUUGUUACCUCAUUAGCCGAGCAGCAGAGAUCCAGACAGCUCCUGGCCAUCACCAGGUCCCUUUGUUGGCAGCAGUGAAGGUGCCCAUGCAACCUGGAGUAAAAAGGCAGAUAGCAACACCUACUUUCCCCAGGUCACAGGGGCUCAUUUGGUGAUGCCAGUUAAGUAAGUCUUUACUGGUCCCAAGCACAUUUGACCAUUCAGUUGGGCUGAACUAGACUCUGUUCCUGCUGCUGAUACAGUUCUGGGGCAGAGCAGGCUUAUAGAUCCUCAGAAUCCUGGGCUCAUCUGAAGCAACAAUACUUUGAUCUUGCAGCUUGUCUAGAUGAGGCCCAGGACAAGGUGAUAUACCUCCACAAUAACUUGCAUUAUGAUACACUGUUUGCAUGCCUUAAGAUAGUAUUGCAUCUAAUCUAAUGAAAUGAAGAACAUAUAGUAGCAUGAAAUGAGAAGGAAAUAGGCCUGAUCAUACUCUUGUUGUUUCUGAACAGCAGCAGAAGUAUUCUUAUGCCAAGCAGGCAUUCCACAGGAUACCUUGACUAGUGAAGUGGUGACAGUGAUACCGAAAACAGGGGUUGGGAAAGUGGAGCCAAUGUAGUGCCCAGUGCCCAUCCAUUUGGCUAGUUGGCAUACUGAUGCAGCUCAAUGCAAGUGGCCACUAUCAUGGUUGGUCUGAGGCCAGACUGUAGCAUAAUGCUCUUGACUAGCCUUGGAUUAAAUGUCUACUAUAAACAUGUCCUGGGAUGAGGUGGGUAAAAGAUAUAGAGCAUAGAAUCAUAGAUCAUAGAUCAUAGAUCUAUGACUAUAAACAUGUCCUGGGAUGAGGUGGGUAAAAGAUAUAGAGCCGCUCUGCCGUAAUGGAUAAUUCCCUCAUAUAUUCUGUCUCCAAACAGGGUCAUCUUUCUCCCUCUCUGUACCUCUUUCUGUGGACUUCAUCUGACAAGCAAUUUCAUUUUGACCAUGGAAAACAUAACUUUUCAGAACCAUACAAACAAACGACAAAGCGAUCAUGGAAAUUACUCAACUUGUAGUGACAGCCAGAGUAAAGCUGAUUGGUUCUAUGACCAAUUCCUCAGUAUAGUAUUCUUAUCCAAGCCUGAUUUAACUCUCCAGGUCAUUUUCAUCCUUACUAUCCUUAUAAGCCUUGUGGGAAUGGUGGGGAAUGGAAGUGUUAUUUGGAUGCUUGUUUUCUGCAUUAAGAGAAAUAAGUUCACCAUCUAUGUCUUGAACCUAGCCAUUGCUGAUUUUGGUACACUUAUGGGAAUAUCUGCUUUCAAUUUCAUUACUGUUUUAAAAGUGGUUGAGGUCCAAAAAAUACAGUGGUUUUUCUGGCAAUUCAUUCUCUUCCCAUAUUCUGUGGGUUUAUAUCUUCUGACAGCCAUUGGUGUAGAAAGAUGUCUUUCCAUUCUCUUCCCCAUAUGGGUCCGUUGUCACCGGCCAAAGUACAUUUCCACCAUGGUAUCAAUCCUGUUCUGGAUUGCAUCUGCCCUGUUUACUAUAAUUGAAUUCUUGCUUCAUUAUUUUUGCUUAUUAGUCUCUUGGGUGACAUUUUUAAGGAUCAUUUUCAGUGUAAAUCUCUUUAUCUUUACACCAAUCAUGAUGGUCUCUACUCUAAUCCUAUUUAUCAAGAUGUGCUUUCGACAUCAGCCAGGAAAGCUUCAUACCAUUAUGCUGAUCAUUCUCAUCUUCUUCAUUAUCACUAGUAUUCCAUAUGGCACUUUCUUCUUCUUGUCCAUCAUUGAUUAUAAUUUUCAUGCUAUCGCAAUUCCAAUUUAUAACCUGUUAGUUGCUCUAAACAGCAGUAUUAACCCAAUCAUUUACUUUUUUGUUGGGAAUCAGUGCAACUGUAAAUCCUGGGAAUCCAUGAAAGUUGUGUUUCAAAAUGUUUUUAAAGAUGAAGCAGAGUUUACAGAAGUAGUUUGAAUAUUAAAGACCUAAUAAUAAAACAAAGGAACUGAAAUUCAAAUUCAGACCAUCCUAAAAAUCACAUAUUUGGAUAUAGAGUCUUAUUGAAAUCUUAGAAUGUAAAAAUAGAAAAGGAGUGAAAGCAACCCAAUGGUGUUAAUAGUUUUGAGAAGUCAAUUUUUGACCAAAAAUCCUAGUCUUAUACACAAUUAUACACAGUAUUUGAGUAAUUGGUCCCACUAAAAACCUAGAAUAUAAAAACACUGGAAGAGAGAGAAAAAGAGAGGAUAGCUCAACCACAGAAAUAUAAAGAACUGGCUUCCUUUUAGCAUAUUUUCUUGGUGUCACGUAUGUCUAAAUGAUUGAAAUAAUUGUAAUUAAUAAUAAUAGUAUAAAUGUAAUACUGAAAGUCAGUUUUGAGCUGUGGUAUAUUUUAUUACAGUCCUUGACUGAAGAAAAGGAGAAAGAGAAAGGAAAUCUAAAAGUAGAUUGACAGUUGAUAUGCAAAAACCUAACUACAUGGGAUAAAAUGAAGAAUGAAACAAUUGGCAUAAAAUACAAAACAAACUCAUUAACAAAUUAGUGCUGUGUCCCUCAAGUUCCAAAUAUGCAGUAUCAAUAUCUCUGUUUUAGACUGAGUGCCUCAUGCACUUUUACAAACUUCUUUCCUUUUCUCUUGCAAAUUCCUCUCCUUGCUAAAGGCAAACAUACAGAAGAAAUAAUGAAAGCAACACCAACACAACCUUGUCUUUUGAAUUGGGAUUCAAAUUGGGGUAAAACAAUGCCAAUAGCAUGUUUUUGAAGUUGUAACCAAUUCCAUUUUUAAAUAUGCAUGACAUUGAUUUCAAAUUUCGGGCUUUUAACCUUGGCUGUGUCGGGUGUUUUUGCAUUAGCAACAUCUUUACCAAUUUGCCACAAAAGAAAUUAUUGAUUGUAUUUGGAAAACUUCUACCUUCAUUUUCAAAAUAGCAUGAGUGGAUAUUGAAAGGGUCACACAUACUAUGUAGAACAGAAUUGUAGAAAAUUCAGUUUGUGUGCUCAUUUUGGAAUACAAUUUUACGAGAUGGAGAAAAUGUAUGUACAAUUUUCUUUUUUAUUGUUUUUUUCAGUGCCAUGUAUGUGCAAAUGAUUGAUACUGUAAUAACUAAUAAUACUUUAAUCCUGUAGUAUAUCUAUUGCAUAAUCAUAUGCUGCUAUUUUUAUUGAAAUGUAUUUGAAUCUGUAGUUAUCUGUACCUAUCUAUCUGUCUUCCUAUUUAUGCCUAUUAUCUAUUUAUUUCAAAUGUACAUUGUGCCCAUGUACAAUGGAAAACCAGGUCAGGUAAACUUCACAUUAGUAAACAAAAAGUCUAACAGUAUUUUCUAUAAACUACUUGUUCCAAAAUGAAUCCAGAGAUAACCUUUUUUCAUUAAGCCAAACAAUAUAAUGUAUAAUGUUGUCCAUAUGCUAUUCAGUAAAGCUGAUGUUUCUGGAA